AUGCCCCCGGGUGAUCUCUUCUCAUCCACGGACCCGGUGGAGACGGCGAACUCCAACAAUCUGGGGGCUCGGGGUCGAGAUAGAGGUCGGCAUUCGGCAAAUACCAGACGAGACCUGAAUGGACUGUCAGGCUGUAGAGUCACAGAAGAAGGCUGUUCUUCCCUGGCUUCAGCUCUGAGGUCAAACCCCUCACACCUGAGAGAGCUGGAUCUGAGCUACAAUCACCCAGGAGACUCAGGAGUGAAGCUGCUCUCUGCUGUACUGGAGGAUCCCAGCUGUAAACUGGAGAAGCUGAAUGUGGAUCACGGUGGAGAGUGCAGGACCAGACCAGGCUUACAGAAAUACUCCUGCCAGCUGACGCUGGACCACAACACAGCAAACAGACGCCUGUCUCUGUCAGGGGGGAACAGGAAGGUGACACGGGGGGCAGAGCAGCCAUAUCCUGAUCAUCCAGAGAGAUUUGACAGCUGGAGCCAAGUUCUGUGCAGAGAGAGUCUGACUGGUCGCUGUUACUGGGAGGCUGAGUGGGAUGGAGAUGGAGCUGAAAUAGGAGUGACUUAUAAAGGGAUCGGGAGGAAAGGAGGGAGUGACUGUCUGCUUGGAUUCAAUAACAAGUCAUGGAGUCUGUACUGUAAUACUGACUGUUACUCUGUCCGGCACAAUAAUAAAAAGACUCUCAUACCCACUGAGCCCUCAGGCUCCCGCAGAGUAGGAGUGUAUCUGGACUGGGGGGCUGGUGCUCUGUCCUUCUACAGAGUCUCCCCUGAUGGACUGACCCCCCUGCACAGAUUCACCUCUUCAUUCACCGAAUCCCUUUAUCCACAGUUUGGGGUUUAUAGAAACUCCUCAGUGUCACUGUGACGUGUUGCUGGUUCUCCUGGCAAAAAGGUAAAAUCUCUGCUUUUCAACCUUUAUAAUUCUUCCAUCCAUCCAUCUAUUUUCCAAACCGCUUAUACCUACUGGGUCGUAGGGGGUCCGGAGCCUAUCCCGGAAGCAAUGGGCACGAGGCUGGGAACAACCCAGGAUGGGGGGCCAGCCCAUCGCAGGGCACACUCACACACCAUUCACUCUCACACCUACGGGCAAUUUAGCAAGUCCA